CCCCCGCAGCAGCCGCUGGCCCGGGAGGCCUCGUCGGCCGAGAGGAUGGAGACGCUGGUGCACCUGGUGCUGUCGCAGGACCACACCAUCCGGCAGCAGAUCCAGCGGCUCCGAGAGCUGGACCGCGAGAUCGACAGGUACGAGGCCAAGAUCCACCUGGACCGCAUGAAGCGGCACGGCGUCAACUACGUGCAGGACACCUACCUGGUGGGCACGGGCGAGCCCGAGGCGGGCCGGGAGCCGGGCCGGGAGCCGGGCCGGCCCGAGGAGGACUACGCCAGGAAGUGCGAGGAGGUGCUGCAGCUGCAGGAGCAGCGGGCGCAGCAGGAGGAGCUGCUGGAGCACCUGGCCGCCGAGAUCCAGCAGGAGCUCAACGAGCGCUGGAUGAAGCGGGGGCGGGAGGAGCUGGAGCUGGCGGCCGGGCCCGGGCAGGCCGACACGGACUGCGACACCACGGAGCUGAGCGGCGGCGGCGGCCAGGGCGAGCUGCACCUGGAGCACGAGCGGGUCCGCACGCAGCUGAGCACCAGCCUGUACAUCGGGCUCAAGCUGAGCACCGACCUGGAGGCCGUCAAGAGCGACCUGGACUGCACGCAGCGGGCGUGGGAGGACAAGGAGCGGGAGCUGCAGCGGCUGCUGGAGACGCUGGGCACGCUGGAGGUGGCGGAGGCGGCGGCGGAGCCGUGCGGGGCGGCGGAGCCGUGCGGGGCGCGGCCGGCGGGCGGCUGGCUGCGCAAGGACCGCGCCGACAACGACGAGGACUCGGACACGGGGCUGAGCUCCAUGCACAGCCAGGACUCGGACUCGCUGCCCGUCUGCGAGUCCCUCGUGUAGCGCCCGGCCCCGCAGCCGAGGGAACUCCCGGCGCGGGAGGCGGUCUGCACGCAGGAAACAUUUUAAUUUGAGUUCUGCAGUUGCGACUUGUUCGGACUCGUCAUCCGCGGGCAGCGCUCGGGCUGGCUCGCCGGUGCUUUUAUCUAAGGAAGAGAAAACCCACGGCGUGUUUGUGUUUCGUCCGCGUCUGGGAUUGCUCGCUUUUAAAAUCGCGUGCGUCCCUCCGAAGCUUCUCUAGCCGGGCCUUUUAACCCUCCGGCUGCCCACGCUGUAGUCCAAGGCUGCUCCGGGUGAGCUCUUCACGAGCAAAGGGCCAGGACGCGCUCCUGAGCCAGGAUCAGCAUCUCCCGAGUGGGGACCAGCGUCUCCCGAGUGGGGAUCAGCA